CGGCUCCCCGCGCCGCAGCUAGGCACCAGCGCCACCACGGACCGCCCCCGCGCCCGCCCGACGGCGCCCCACUGCGCUUUAAGAGCCGCCCUGGCAGCCCAGUCCCAGCCGCCCAGACCGGAGAGACCAGCCUGCGGGAGCAACCCCAUGGCGGAGCAGCUGGCCCUGGUGAUUGGGGGCACCAUCGGGGGGCUGCUGCUGCUGCUGUUGAUCGGGGCAAGCUGCUGUCUGUGGAGAAGGUUCUGUGCCACCCUCACCUAUGAGGAGCUGCCUGGGACACCAGCCAUGGCCAGCGCAGCCGCCUCCAGUGGACAGCAGGACAGGCCCUGCCAGCCGCAUGCUAGGACCCAACUGAGCAGGCCACCAGAUGUGCCAUUCGUGGUGCCCCCUUCCCUUCAAGGCCGAGAUUGGGUGCCCCUGCACAGCGGAGAGUGGACCCAUGCCCCAUGGGACUCCUGCCCAGCAUCAGAGCUUCUGCCUCACACCCCCAGUGGCGGCCUUGGAGAUGCAUGUAUGGUAGGGGCUAUCAACCCAGAGCUGUACAAGUUCCCAGAGGACAAAAGUGAGACGGACUUUCCUGCUGGCUGCCUGGGGCGACUGUGGUUCUCGGUGGAAUACGAGCAGGAGGCUGAGCGGCUGCUGGUAGGCUUGAUCAAGGCACGGCACCUGCAAGCCCCCUCGGAGACCUGCAGCCCCCUGGUGAAGCUCUACCUGCUGCCCGAUGAACGGCGCUUCCUCCAGUCCAAGACCAAACGCAAAACCUCCAACCCGCAGUUUGACGAGCACUUCAUCUUCCAGGUGUCCAGCAAGACCGUCACCCAGAGGGUGCUGAAGUUCUCCGUCUACCACGUGGACAGGCAGAGGAAGCACCAGCUCCUGGGCCAGGUGCUGUUCCCCUUGAAGAAUGAGACCCUGGCGGGGGACUGCCGGCGUGUCAUCUGGAGAGACCUGGAGGCUGAGAGCCUGGAGCCCCCCUCGGAGUUUGGCGACCUCCAGUUCUGCCUCAGCUACAACGACUACCUGAGCCGCCUGACAGUGGUUGUGCUGCGUGCCAAGGGCCUCCGGCUCCAGGAGGACAGAGGCAUUGUCAGUGUGUUUGUCAAAGUGUCUCUGAUGAACCACAACAAGUUUGUCAAGUGCAAGAAGACUUCAGCUGUGCUGGGCUCCAUCAAUCCUGUGUACAAUGAGACCUUCAGCUUCAAGGCCGAUGCCACCGAGCUGGAUACCGCUAGCCUCAGCCUGACCGUGGUGCAGAACACGGAAGGGGACAAUUCCAGUUCUUUGAUGAAAAUCUCUAUUCCAUCCAUCAAGUCUGUGUCUGAUAACACCAAUAUCUGGGUCAUUAGUGGCUCCAUUCUGUUGUGUAUGUUUUCCCCUCGUUUCUGUUUUGUUGUGUGAUUGAUCAUUUAUUGUUGAAUGCUAACCAGUAUAAUAAAUUUUAGUGGCUCCAGGAAA